AAAUGUGAUAAAAUGCUUUGUCACCAUUAUGUGGCUGUGUGUGUGUUUGAGCUAGAGUGAGUGAGUGCUUUGUUUGUUUUUCCAAUUUCCCUCCAUGGUAUUUCCCUCCCUCUUCUCAUCUCCACUUCAGACGUGUGGAAGCACUCCAGGUGCAGGUGAGAAUGGCGUUUUAGUACACAGAAAGCAGAGAAGGCUGGAAGAGGACAGAGUGAGUAACUGAGGCAAACUGAAGAUUCAGAAAGAUAGAAACGUUGCUUUUGAUGCUCCAUCAAUUGCCCAAAUUCUGAUCCCUGGACAAAAGGGAAACUCCCCUGGAAAUAAAGAGAAAUUAAUUUGAUACUAUUAUUAAAACCCCUCCCUGUGUUAUAUAAAACAGAAGGAAGAGUAAACCAUGAAGGCCAUCGAGGUCUGGCACACACAGGGCACAGACACAGCGCCCAGGGAAGAUGAGGAGAACGACCCUUCACCAGUGAACAAGCCGGAGUGCUCCAUCUGUUUCAGUACUUACGACAACGUCUUCAAGACCCCCAAGUUGCUGGACUGCGCCCACACCAUCUGCCUGGAGUGUGUCACUCGGAUCAUGGCCGUGUCCACAGAACACGAGGGUGGCCAGAUAUCCUGUCCCCUCUGCAGGCGUCCCACCUCCAUCCCCACCAACGGCCCCCCGGCCCUCGUCACCAGCCUGGAGGUGCUCGGCAGGCUCCCCGUCCACCUGCAACGAGAGGAGAGGGUGUGGCUGGAGGCAGAGAAGUUGUGUUACUACAACAGCCCCUCCACGUGUAUCUGCAUUGACGUUGGGAGGGUCCGGGAGGAGGCCUCAUCCCGGCGGACUGAGGCUGGACGAGGGAGACGUAUGUGGGGCAGACGAUGCCUCUGCAGCUUCUUCUCAGACCGGAAACAGCUAGUGUUCUUCCUGGUGCUGCUUGUCCUGCUGGUGUGUGUCAUCAUAUGGCCACUGCGGUGUUACUUCAGCACUGGAUCAGUACGCUGUUUCAGGACACUGGUGACCACCACAGUGGGACAAACCUCCACGCCCUCUGUAUGUCCGAACGCCACUAAACUGGCCUGAGUGACACGAGACACUGUCCGUGUGCUGCCAAGGUCCCGGGACACCUUGUUGUCAGAGAUGACACCACUACUCGCAAAGGACCAUGAACGGUGAGAUUGAAAGGCUAGCUAGCUAUCCUGGCUGAUUAUUAUUUUUUGUCUGAAAUGUCAUAGACUGCAAAUUGUGAUUUCCAACUUAGGUAAUGAUGACCAACUUAAAACAAGUUGCACUGAAAGAUGUAGUUAAAUCAGUAGUUAAAUUAUAUAUAUAUAUUGUAUAUACACUCACCUAAAGGAUUAUUAG